AUGAAGAAGGGAAAUCAAAUGGGGGAUGAUAAUAAAAUGAAACGGAAAAAAAAUGAUAAUAAAGUUAAAAAAAUAGAAGAUGAUGGAAAAAGUGAAAAGAAAGAUACAUUUAAUCCACAACUUAGUGCUAGGGAAUUGAAAAAAAUCCAAUAUUAUGAGAAUAUGUUUAAAAAAAUAGAACAGCAAAGAGAAGAAAAUAAUAAUGAAGUUGAUAAUAAAAAUAAAAAAGUCCAUAGUAAUGUAAAAAAGAAUAAGAAAGAAGAUAAUGAAAAAAGGGAUGAACAUACAGUAUCAAAAAAGGGGGAUAGUAAAAGUGAAAAAUAUAAUAAGCAUGGGUUUUUGAAAAAAGGAAAAGAUAACAAUAAUAAUGAUUUACGUCGAAUAAAUAAGAAAAAAAAAAAGAAGAAAAAGUUAAUGAAUAAUUAUAAAAGUAUAUAUGAAGAAGAUUCCAUUAGUGACAAUAAUAGUGAUACUAAUAGUGACCCUAAUGAAAUAGAUUUAAAAAAUGAAGAUUAUAAUAAUAGUAAAAAUCAUAAUUUAAAUAAAGAAGAUAAAAUAUCAAAGGGAAAUAUUUAUGAAAAAAAAAAAUUAAAAAAACCCAAAAAUGAAGAUAAAUUUAAUUAUAGUUUGUUUAGUAGUGAUGAUAAUAGUGAAAAGAAAGAGAAUGUCUUAAAUAGUAAUUCAUCUAUAAAUAAUGAAAAAAAUAUACAACAUAUCAAUAAUAUCAACAAUUUCAAUGAGGUGGAUAAAAGCAUAAAUCGAAUGGAAUAUAAUUAUGAUGAUACACAUAAUAUAAUUGAAAUAAAGAAGAGAAAAGGGAAUAGUAGAAAAAGAAAUAAUAUUUUAAAAAUUCAUUAUAAAAGGGGAUAUGCAUCAGAUAUAAGUAUUGAGGAAAUAUGUGAUAAGGGAAUAGUAGAUAAUAGUAGUAUGAUUAAAAAUAAUGGUAAUAAUUUAAUUAGUCUUUUACGAUUUAAGAUAUAUAAUAAUAAUUUUUUAAAAAAACAGGAUAAAUAUGUAGUAAAAAGGAAAAGAUCUUUUUCAGUAAAUUCAUCAUUAAAUGAAUAUUUUUUAGAAACUGAUGUUAUUAAUUUAAAAAAUGUAGACGAUUGUAGUAGUACGGAUAGUAAUUUUUUUGAAGAUGAGAAUAAAAUAGAUUUGUUAUCAAAUUUUGGGGAUCCAGAAAAAGAGAAUUUAUUUGAAUUUUUAAAAAAAACUAGCGAUAAAAUGAAUGAAUAUAAAUGGAUAAAAAGUAUGGGAGUAAAAAAUGAAUUAUCUUAUUUAAAUUGUAGUCCCGAAUAUGAAAAGGGAAAUAUUUCAAGUAGAUUAAAUAGUAGUGAUAAACCAAUUAUAAAAUAUAAAAAUAAUUUAAAUUUAUUUUUAAAAGGAAAAGAGGAAUCUUAUGAAAAUAUAAAUAUAAAAUCAAAUAGUAUGGAUGAUUAUAUUGAUGAGGAAAAUGAUACAAAUAAAAUGUUGUUGUAUAAUAAUAUGAACGUUCAGAAUUUUGAUGAAUGUAAUACUAUUAAAUUUGUUAAUAAAGAAUAUGAUGUUAAUUUUUGUAUGAAAAGAUAUUUAAAUGAUAUGAAAUAUAUUAAUUUAAAAAAGUUUAAAAAAAUUAAAAAAAGAAAUUUAAAUUCAUAUGUUAAAGGUUGUACGAAAAUUUUGGACACUGAUAAGGUUGAUAAUUUAAUUUUUGUCUUAAGAACAUUUACAAAUGUAAUUGAAAACGGUGAAGAAAAAAUGGAAUAUUAA